GCAGUGUGACGUACAGGCUGUUAGCAGUGGACCGUUAGCUGAAUGUAAAUAACAACAACCGGUACCGGUACCGGUCACUGCAGGAAACAGGACGGAGAUGGACCGACACCGGAAACUGCUGGACGGCGGUUCGAACCCGGAAAUGAAGCUGAGAACUACAGAUGUCCAGCAGCUGUUGGUUAGUAAAGACGAGGUUCUCACUAGAGACUGGAACCCCAGUCUGAACCAGGAGGACCCAGAACCAGCACACAUUAAAAAGGAACAGGUGGAACUCUGGACCCGUCAGGAGGGAGAGCAGCUUCAAGGGUUCCUGUUCACUCCACUUCCUGUUAAGAGUGAAGAUGAUGAUGAAGGUUCGGACGUCCAGCAGCUGUUGGUGAUUAAAGACGAGGUUCUCCAUGAAGAGUGGAGCCCCAGUCUGGACCAGGAGGACCCAGAGCCCCCACACAUUAAAGAGGAACAGGAGGAACUCUGGACCAGUCAGUCAGAACCACAUAGACAACCUGAUACUGACUCUUCAGAACUAAAGACUGACGUCCAAGAUGGGGACUGGACCGGGACCAGAGAACCUCAGUCUGUUUUAAACUCACUAAAGAUCAUUGAAGUCCCUGUUGGAGAUCUGAGAAGUAAAACUGGAAAGAAAACCUACAGCUGCUCUGAGUGUGGGAAGAUAUUUGGCCGCAGUCCACAUCUAAAGAUCCACAUGAGAACCCACACAGGAGAGAAACCGUUCAGCUGCCCUUUCUGUGCCAAAAGCUUCACACAGAAGGUCAACCUGACAUACCACAUGUCCGUCCACACCGGGGAGAAACGCUUUAGCUGUCGCUUCUGUGACGAAAGAUUCACCUGGUACACUCAGCUCAAGAGCCAUCAGUGUGUGUGUGAGUCCUCGCACCUCCACCAGACCGACGAGACCAGAGAGACAGAGACCGGAGACAAAUUGUUCAGCUGCUCAGAGUGCGGGAAAGUCUUCAGCCGCAAGGACAAUCUGAAUAUACACAUGAGAAUUCACACCGGAGAGAGACCAUUCAGGUGCUCCGUCUGUGGGAAAAGCUUUAAACACGGAGGACAUCUAACGCAGCAUAUGUCCGUCCACACGAAGGAGAACAGGUUCAGCUGUGACGUCUGUGACAAAAGAUUUACAUGGCUGUAUCAGCUCAAAAGACACCAGUGUGGUGGCGAGUCCUUGCAGCUGCACAGGCUCAGGACCCAUCAGGAGGAAUUCCCAUUUGCUCCUGUCCCCGUGAAGAGCGAGGACGAAGGGAAAGCUCAGUCCUCACAGCUUCAUCAAAGAAAGACUAAACCUGAGAGAGAGGACUGUGAAGCACCAGAACCAGCCAGGAGCUCAGAGGACAGGACUGAAGGACUAAAGGUUGAAAUCACUUAUGAUGAUUGGACAGAGACCAGUGGACCUCAGUUAGAUUUAAACUCUGUGAACGUCUCUGAUGUUGACCUGGGAUGUAAUACUGGAAAGAAAUCCUUCAGCUGCGCUGAAUGCGGGAAAAUAUUUGGCCGCAAGGAACAUCUGCAGACACAUGCUAGGAUUCACACUGGAGAGAGACCGUUCAGCUGCUCUGAUUGCGGUAAAACAUUUGGCUGCAAGAGGUCCCUCUUGGGCCACACCAUGAGCCACACUGGAGAGAAACCCUUCAGCUGCUCUCAGUGCGGGAAAAGAUUUGGCCGGAUGGUGAAUCUGAAAACACAUGAGAGACUUCACACUGGCGAGCGACCAUUCAGCUGCCCGUUUUGCGAUAAAGGUUUUACGCAGAAGGUUCACAUGACUCAACACAUGGCCGUCCACACAGGAGAGAAACAGUUCAGCUGCAGUGUCUGUGAGAAAAAGUUCACGUGGCUGUCAGGGUUCCGACGACACAAGUGCAGCAGUGAGCAGUCGGAGCUUGAGACCGAGGAGAACUUAGAGGCAGAACCAGGUGAGAAACCGUUCCGCUGCCGUCAGUGUGGAAACAGAUUCAACCACAAACACAACCUGCAGGAUCACAUGAGAACUCACACAGGUGAGAAACCAUUUAGCUGCUCAGUGUGCGGGAAAGGCUUCACUUCCAGUGGAGCGCUGAAGAAACACCUGAGGACUCAUUCAGGAGAGAAACCAUUCAGCUGCUCCGUCUGCAGCAUCAGAUUUACACAAGGCGGGAAUCUGAAACGACACAUGGCUCAGCACAUGGGACAAACCCGAGAGAAACCCUUCAGCUGCUCUGUCUGCGGGAAAACCUUCACGCAAGUAUCAAAUAUGAGGAGACACAUGACACAACACAUCACCACGGAAACAGCUGAGUCAAAAGAAGCAGGAAGUGAAAGUAAGAGUCUGUUAACGGUUGACAAACUUUAUACAGUCACUUAAUGCCAAAAAUGUGAUUCAUUGGAGAAUAAUAAUAUAUAAUAAUAACUUCAGCAGUCGCUGCUUGAAGAGUGUGUGUAAGAACGUCCAAUCAAACAACCCACUACAACAAACCCAAACCAGGAAAUAGAAAACAGCGUCUGUCUCAAUGUUCUUUUUGCCUUUAAUGGAUAGUGACAGCAAAGGGCCACAAGUUGGACCCGAACCCCGGGCCGCUGCAGCAAGGACUCAGCUGUGGCACCAGCUCCAUCAGGUGAACCAUCCUAGCAGCCCAGUUCAAACAAUGCCAAUCAGGCUGUUUCCAGUACGUACACCGGGUCCUCCGACAGACUCCAGAGACACAGCGUUUAGACGAAGGUAAAGUGUGUGAAGCUGGUGUCUCUCCUCCACUGACCAACCACAGCGCAGCGUGGAGUCAGCGUUUUUAGAGGUUGUGAUUCUCAGCUUCAGCUCCUGACUGGAGCCCACGGGGUCAGAGUUCAGCAGAACCAAUUGCAAACAAUAACAAUCUGCUAUAUGUCGCACAUCUGGAUGUUCUUCAUAAUAAGUGUCGGAAUAAACUUCAGUGUGUUUGUGGCUCAUUAGAAAGAAUAAAUAUAAAGAAUUACAGUUUAUAUUUACACUGUUGAUCUCUCUCUAUUUACACUGUUGAUCUCUCUCUAUCUCCCCCCCUGUGCUGACUGCAGUAUAGACUCUCCUCUCUCUAUCUCCCCUC